AAAGAAAAAGCCUAACAGAAGUCUCCAAUUCAGGAAUGGCAAGCAAUUGAAGACCGGUAAACCCAUUCCUUAAACCCUAAAUUCCACUACUCUCUGUUUGCUCGCUGCUGGUUCGUUUUCACUUCAUUUCCUCGCUGCGGAAGCCCCAGAAUACCAUUACAAUGUCAUCUUCUCUUCGCCUCCGCCACCUUCGUCACCUCUCCUCGACAGCCACCGCGACCACGGCUGCUACUUCCACGACCUCUUCCUUCUCCAUCUCAAAGGCAAAAUCCAUACUCCGAGCAGAACACGACCCGGACAAGGCCUUGGAAAUCUAUUCAUCCGUUUCCAAACACUACUCUUCCCCUCUCUCCUCUCGCUACGCCCAGGAGCUCACCGUCAGGCGCCUCGCCAAGUCUCGUCGAUUUGCAGACAUCGAGUCUCUCAUCGAGUCGCAUAAGAAUGAUCCCAAAAUCACCCAAGAGCCGUUUCUCUCCACUCUCAUCAGAUCCUAUGGCCUUGCCGGUAUGUUCGAUCAUGCCUUGAAGACUUUCCGUCAGAUGGACCAACUGGGCACUCCCAGAUCAGCCAUCUCCUUCAACGCGCUAUUGUCUGCUUGUGUUCAGUCCAAGCUGUAUGACAGGGUGCCCGGUUUGUUCACUGAAAUUGUCGAAAAAUAUGGCGUCUCGCCGGAUAAGAUUUCGUAUGGAAUACUUGUUAAAUCUUAUUGUGAAGCAGGUAUGCUUGCGAAGGCCAUGGAGACUCUGAGAGAGAUGGAGUCGAAGGGAGUUGAGGUGACCGCCGUCACAUUCACUACGAUCUUGUCUUCCUUGUACAAGAAAGGAAAAGGCGAGGAGGCGGAGACGUUGUGGGGCGAGAUGGUGAGGAAUGGUUGCGAAUUGGAUGCGGCUGCGUAUAACGUGCGGAUCAUGAAUGCGCAGAACGAGAAACCAGAGAGAGUGAAGGAGCUGAUUGAAGAAAUGAGCAAUGCGGGGUUGAAACCAGAUACCAUAUCAUAUAACUACUUGAUGAUUUCUUAUUGCAGACAGGGGAUGAUGGAGCAAGCUAAGGAGGUCUAUGAAGGAUUGGAGGCGAACGGGUGUAACCCAAAUGCUUCAACUUUCAGGACUUUGAUAUAUUACAUGUGUAGAACAGGGGAUUAUGAGAAAGGAUAUAAGGUUUUCAAAGAGAGUGUGAGAGUGCACAAGAUUCCUGAUUUUAGUAUAAGCAAACUUUUGGUGGAAGGAUUGGUGAAGAAGGAGAAAACAAAGGAGGCUAAAGGAUUGAUACGGACUAUGAAGAAGAAGUUCCCUCCUAAUCUGUUAAACGCAUGGAAGAAAGUCGAAGAGAAUCUCAGUUUGGCUCCUGUUAACGUUGUGUCUUCUAAGGAUGAAGAGGCUGCAGUGUGAUGGUUGAUGAAAUUCAUUGUUUUUUAUUACUGUAUUGGAGCUGCAGCUCAUUGCCUAAACUACAGUUGCUUUGAGUUGUGAUGAAGCAUAUAGGUGUUAGCUAUAUCAAUCCCGCUAAAUUAUCAAAUCCUAUAUGGUUAUGCUGGUUUCAUAAAUUGGCUAUGGAAGCUAAAUUAGUAAAAUGCUAGUAAGCCUAUUUUUUGAGCUUCAA